AUAGACCCUUGCAUAACAAGUUAAAAGAUGAGACUUGCCCAUAAAUUGCUCAGUAAAACUCAAUUCUAACAGAAUUAAGUUCGUAAGAGAAUUUUUUGUAUGUAUCUCGACGCACAUGGCUAGUAUCGCCGACGAUGUCCGUGAAUCGCGAAGACUUGUUAGGGUUUAUAGUGGUGACGUGGAGGGACGACUACCCCCCGGCAGCAAGAGCCAAGUAUUAGGUCAGGCAUUGUCUCGGGAGAAACCAAACUCAGAAUCUUUUACAAAUCCGUGGAAGAAGUUCAUCGACCCUCCUAAGUUAUCUAAUACUGAAAGAGACCCGAUCACCAACGUGAUCACCAUCGAGUCGAAUAAACUUCUCCAAAAGUGGCAGUCAUUCCUUAAUAAUUGUACUAGUGAUGACCGCCUUGACGUGAGCCGGUCUGAGCCUACAAUGGAAGGUGUUAUUGACUUGGUGAGAGAAAUUAGUACGACUAGUCGAGCGAAGAACCAGAACAGUCGCAGGGGGAAAGCGAUGAAGUAUUUCCACAAAUUCUGUGAGACUCUUGAUGCGCAUAAGUCAAUACUGAAAAUUAUCCCUGAGGGAAGUGAAUACGUGUCGGUCUUCGCUGGGACGCUCAAUGUCAUUAUCCAGGCCAGUGUUAAUCAUGAGCGGAUAUCUGAGGAUUUCUCAGAGGCACUGUGCACGAUCAGCGAACAUGUUGCAGACUGCAAGGUAGAGCUUGAGAUCUAUCAUACUAGAGCGAUGAAGGAAUUGAUCGCUGAUCUUUAUGCCCACAUCUUCAUUUUCCUCUCAGAUGUCAUGGUAUGGAUCACCGAGAAGAAGCGACGUAGACUUCUUGAUUCCUUCAACGAGAAAUUCAUCCAGAAAUUCGAGAAGCAGCUUAGUAUGAUAAAGCAAAAAUCAGAAAGAAUCAAGAACUUAGCUGCUCAGUGCUCUAGAGCGGAGCAGCGGCAUGUCCGAGCUGCAGUGGAGGACUUAGCUCAGGAUGUCAGACUUGGGUUGACUGGCCAGAGAAGGCAAGAAGCAGAGAUGGCAUAUUAUGCCGAGAUCAUUGAGAGGGAACUAUACGAAGGUCGCAAGGAAAGGCAACAACUAAGAGAAGACGGACAGAACUUCAGAUGGCUUGCUGACCAAAUCGUCAAAAUGCUGGAGAAUAAGGCAAUGAUAUGGAUUGAAGAUUCACGGGCCGCUGGGGACGGAAGGAGGAUGUUAAUGACAGAAAGGCGCUCUCCUGGGUUUCCCAGCCAACUACUCGUUACCCCUGGCGGAUCCUCUCAAGCACUAAUUGAUUGGACAUUAGAAGAUAUUCUAUUGAGCUCUAAACACUUAGAAGACUUUUUUGAUCGAGGUAGAUUUCGACUCGAGGAGGACCGUGCUGGGCCAACUGGCGUGAGCUCCGGCAUCAUCAGACGACUUUCCGAGUGGAUGAAGAAUCCUACAUCAUAUCUCUUGUGGCUCGAAGGACCCCGAAUAUUUGCAGACGAUAUCAACAACCCUUUUGAUGUACUUGCCAAUCGAAUCAUCCAGCUAGCCGAGCAAAAUCACAUUCCAACGAUUUCAUAUCGUUGUGAACUACGCCGUGGUGAGCAGCUCAGGUCCGGCAAUGAUUCGCGUGAGGCUCAAGCAAGCAUGAGCUUGAUAUGUGCCCUGAUCAGGCAGUUGAUAGAGCUGCUGCUUCCGAAAUUCCAAGCCUCAGUAGACCUGUCUGAGGGUCGGUUACGUGUUUUAGACGGAUGUAUCCUGAGUUGGUCGGAGACGGUUGGUCUUUUCCGGGACCUCCUCCCACUAAUGCCUGAUACACUGCUCUGUAUUAUAGAUGGGAUACACUGGCUAGACGACUCCAGCACAACAGGGUGCUUAGAAGAACUUGUCCAGACAAUGAGAGGAUCGAAGAUGAGGGUUCUGUUCACAACUACAGGGCGAUCGACCUGCUUACGGCAGCAAAUUUUAGGAGACGAGAGAUACUCUGUUCAGACGGUGGACUUCAAGGGGACCAACUGGACACUGGACAUUGAGAGUCUAAGGGUAUAAUGAUUUUGUUUUCAGUGACAACCAAGGCUGCACUUCCUCAUUCUCUUCACUUCUCUUUAAAAUACCAUACUCGACCCCAGCGUGAUGCCUAGGUAGAGAAUGCCAAGAGCACUGCUAAGAAUCAAGCUCAAAUCGCCAAGCGCCGCAUGGUAAGCAACCAAUAGCCAAGUAGAUACAUGGGAAGAUAUUGGAAGCUCGACAUCUAAGAAACAAUUAUCGAUUGGCUUUAAGUAAUAAAUGAAACUUUGAGAAGGGUAAGUACUAACGUUGUAGUAUUAGGUUUUUAUUCUACUAGGUAAAAAACAUUCUAGUAGGCUGCGUGCUUGCAUUAGGUAG